CUAAUAAAUUAUUGUGCAGAUUUCUCAGUAUUUACAAAAUGAAGAAGAGCUUAUGAUUGGGAGUGCUGGUAUACUAGCAUUUUUAGAUGAAUUGCCAUCUAGCUCCAGCUCGGAAUCUUCAUCAAGCUCUGAGGAAUCAGAAAGGGAGGAAACCAAUAAAUGCCAAAACUUUUGCGAAGCCAUUGAUGGCUAUGGUGAGAAUGAAUUCAAAUCGCACAUGAGAUUGCGGCGUUCGACCGUGGAAUUUUUAAUAGAGAGAUAUACAAAUAGCAUUGAGCCCAAAACAAAUACUGGUGGAAGAGAAAUUGUACCACCUAGAAAAAAAUGUAUAUUUAUAUUUGGUACAUCAGUAACACCGUCACUUUUCGGCAGCUUGCUAAUUUGUUUGGAGUGUCUUCUUCAACUGCUUGGACUAUAGUAUCGGGUGUGACUAGUUGGGUUAUAUCGAUUUCUAACGAAUACGUUCGGUGGCCAAACAGUACUGUCGCAGUUGCAACAAAAAGAAAGUUUGAGGCAAGAUGUGGUUUACCAAAUGAAAGCAUACAUAUAGUAUAGUGCUUCAAGCAGUUGUGAAUGCUGAUAAAAGAUUCGUAGAUGUAACUUGUGGUGAACCUGGUUCUCUUCAUGACAGUAGAGUUCUUCGUAGAUCGCAUCUUUUUGCACUAGCGCAGGCAGAUUCAGAGAGACUAUUUCCGAAUGAGGCUUUCAUUUUGGGCGAUUCAGCAUACCCUGCUACAAAUAAA